AGUUCCCCUGACAAAUACAAAAUGGUUGAAGACUAAAGUUGGCAAACAAAGAAAGGCAGCGUAAUAUUGCUUUUUUAUGCGAAAAAAUAAGUUUAUUCAGUGAAAGUUGAUUAAUUUUAAGUGUAUAGUGUGUAUAGUGCAAAAUGUUGGAUCUAGAAAUCGUUCCAGAACGUUCCUUGGGUUGCGAGGCCUGGGAAUUCGUUCUAGGAAUGCAUUUCUCGCAAGCCGUUGCUAUAAUUCAGAGUCAAGUUGGCACAAUCAGAGGUGUUCAAGUACUCUACAGCGAUCAGAACCCUCUCUCCGUAGACCUAGUGAUAAAUAUGCCCCAAGACGGGAUCCGGUUAAUAUUCGACCCUGUCGCGCAGCGGCUUAAGAUCAUAGAGAUAUAUAAUAUGAAAUUAAUUAAACUUAGGUAUAGUGGCAUGUGUUUCAAUUCACCUGAAAUAACGCCAUCUAUCGAGCAAGUGGAGCACUGCUUUGGUGCGACCCACCCCGGCCUCUAUGACAGCCAACGACAUUUGUUCGCGCUCAACUUUAGAGGACUAACCUUUUAUUUUCCUGUUGAUAGCAAAUUUGAGCCGGGCUACGCUCAUGGCCUGGGCUCGCUACAAUUCCCAAAUGGCGGUUCGCCGGUAGUUGCACGGACCACCAUCUACUACGGAUCGCAGCACCAAGCGUCAAAGCCGAACAGCGGAGGUCGGUGGUCCGCGCCGCUAGCGGAUCUCCCGCCAUCGUGUUACCGACAGCAGUUGCACCUGCGUCGUUGCGAUGUUAUCCGCUCCGCCAGCAAUACGGUGGCGUUGCGGCUGCAUCUGCUAGCGGAGGGCGGUAGAGGUGGCGCUGCUAUCAGCCGCCGACGCGUUAUCCGCUUUGGCGACAGUUGUCAGGCGGUUUCACGUGCGUUGGCCGCGCCUGCCCGCCUCUAUUACAAGGCGGAUGAUAAGAUGCGUAUACAUCGGCCCACCGCACGCCGCAGGGCCCCGCCCCACACGGACUAUUUCUUCAAUUACUUUACGCUUGGGUUGGAUGUGUUGUUCGAUGCGCGUACGCAUUCGGUGAAGAAAUUCGUGCUGCAUACGAACUAUCCGGGCCACUACAACUUUAAUAUGUACCAUCGCUGCGAGUUUACACUACACGUGCAUCCUGACAAGUCCGAAUCCAAUGCACUAGUGGAGUCCCGUGGCGGCGUCUGCAUUACGGCGUACAGCAAGUGGGAAAGCGUGUCUCGUGCUUUGCGCGUAUGCGAACGGCCCGUUGUUCUCAAUCGCGCGUCCUCUACGAACACGACUAACCCGUUCGGCUCCACCUUCUGCUACGGUUAUCAGGAUAUCAUUUUUGAGGUGAUGUCCAAUAACUACAUAGCGUCAAUAACCCUAUACCAACCAGAGGGAGCCACCCCGCAAUACGCCGUUGACUCUAUCGCGUGACACACACAGGUGCCACAAAAAAACGGCAAAAAAUUAAAAACCUGAAUGCCAGUUUGACAGUCUACAGCCGACGCCUAUUGGUGUUGCCACAUCAAAAACAAAACCAAACCUCUGGCGAAAUAAUACAUAUCCACUACCAACCUAAGAGGAAACAGUAUUUUAAAAAAAAUGUGAUAAAACUGUGAAAAAUACUAAAAAAAAGUGAGUGACCGAUCUCAAGAUAGUAUGCUUUAUUUAAAUGUUAGCAGAAAUUGACAGUUGUUUUUUGACAAGUGACGUGUGUUCGAGCGGCAAAUCUGACGUUUCUUUAUUUAGUCAAUUGUGUUUUUAAAUUUGACAAAUUCCCAAAGUAUAAUAGACUGUUGUAAAUAUCGGAGGAUAUAAUUAUGUAUAAAAAAUGAUGACGUAUUUUUUCUAAAAAAAACUUAGGGUGUGAGUUGUGAAAAAAAAUGUGCUAAAAAUAUUUUGUAAUAUGCACUAUGUUUUAGGUCUAAUUGUAAGGUAAAGUCAUAGAUAGAAAUGAUUUUUAAUUAAGUUUUAUUUAAGACAUUUAUAUUUAUUUUUCGAAAAUACAAAAUCAUUGAUCAUGGUGCCCGUAACAUUUUUAUCUAUGAAUUUAUUUAGUUAGGUAAGGUAGGUUUCAUAAUUGUUCGAAGAGCUUUGCGUAUGAAAAUAUUACUCAUUUUUUAAAAUAGGUACAAUAUGUAGGGCAGAUAUUCAUUUAUUCAUUCCAAUAGUUAAAAAAAUCUAUAGUCUAUAUUGUCACAAAUAUAGUAUUAAUUUUCAAUUAAUUUCUUCAUCAAUGGAGAUUCGUCAUAUUGGUAUCUGAUCAUAACUUCAGUAGAUGAGGACAUUAUUUUUUAUUGAGAAUUAUGAAUUUAAUUAUCUGGACCGGAAAAGUUUUUAAUAAUUUUUUUUUUAAUAUAUCUUUUUUCAUGCUGUAUUCGCGCUUUAGAUGUGCGUUAUAAAGUUAGGUUUCAUAAGUCUGUAACUUCCAAUCUAGCUACAGUUUUUUGUAUCCGAUUCAGGAUAGAGAUUGUUUUUCGGAAUGGAUUCUCCUUGUUGUCCUUAAAGGGAUAUACACGGGUCGACUCUUUCCGUGUGUGCGACUGUUUCGGCUAGUCGCUUCACAAAUCGCCUUAUAAUAUUGCAUGCGGCUCGGUCAUUGUGCACUUCUUGAAUGAGUCUUCUAGAUUAGAAAGCUGCUAAACGAAUAUUAAUGUUUCUGUAAUCUUUUUCUCUUGGGUUCCAUAAGCACGGAUGUCAUCAUAGCAUUCCAUAAAUAUAACAGCCUCAUGUAUCGCCUGCAUUUGAUCAAAUCAAAUCAAAAAUAUCUUUAUUCAUCUAGGUAAACAAGUACACUUAUGAAUGUCAAUUUUUUUUUUACAUUUACUACUAGUUCAAAAGUCAACGACGUAGAGCCAAGUGGUGGAGGGGUCGGUAUGCCGCACUGCAAAAGUCGGAUACUACCCAACUUUGGGGCUUUCGGAUUUAGUCACUUGCGACCUAGCCGAAUUGUCAUUUAGACGGUCGAUUUUAGCCGGCUUUUUUUUAUGGCAAUAGUUAAAACAUCGUGCGGCUUUAGUCACCAGUGUCACACCCCACGGUGGUCCACUGCCUGAAGGAUAGGAUGGAAGCUCACUGGAGUGAGCAAAGUACGCAGUAACGGUCUUCGCCUUCCCCGGCGAAGGCGGUUUUUUACCCUAAUCGGUUUUUUUUAUACGCCGCGCGGGCGGCUAUUUAUUUAUUUAUUUUGUACUCCUACAGCUAACAUAAAUUAUAUAUAAUAGCAAACAAAAACACUGAGAAUAAAGCCACAGAUGGAAUACAUGAUACAUAAUAUAACAAAAAGAUUUAUAAAAGGGAACAAACAAACAAAGUAUUUAAUACAAUUAACUAACUAUUAAUUUGUCAUCGGCUAUUGUGAUUGGAUCGUCUGGAUCUGUUAAAACGUGUAAACCAUUUUGAGACAACUUCAUCACUUACAUACAAAAGGUAUACAAAAGGUCGGCAUAUUAAAUAAAUCAUAAUUCGUAUUUGGUCUCUAUAGAGUAGGGGUGUUUAAGUAUUAGCGUCGAAGCCUCGAAACGAAUUUCCGCAUACUGCAGUUAUUUAACGUAUUAUCAACACUAAUAAAGUAAUAUCCAAAUAUUAUUUUCACAUAAAUUUUUCUCAGUCUAUUAAAUUAUCGUUGAGAUAUCGAGAGAUCAGACAAUAUCUUAUCAAUUUCAUAUUAAAGUCCAUGUUGUGAUUUGAUUGAUUCGAUUACGGAAAAAAUUCAUGCUGAUCUCUUAUAACGAUCUGCAAAUGAAUAUAUUAUCUUAAUAAAAAAAUAUAUGUAACAACUAAUAAUCGAAUAUGUUAAAGAACGACGCUCUAAAAAUUUAAUCCUUAACAAGACCAGUAAAAAAAUUAUCUGCAUCUGUGAUGAAAUUGUUUAUAUAAACUGACCUUUGGAGCCGAUUCUAAUGUUUCGCGAUCCUUUUGUUUGGCGGAAUAUGCUAUUUCACAAUAUUAUAAAAAAAAAACAAUCAGUUUUAUUUAUUUAUUAACACUUCGUGACAUUACAAUAGAAAAAUUUAAGAUAAUUAAAUAAAAAAGGAGGGCAACUGGCGAGAUAAUCGCUUUCGAGCGAUCUCUUUUAACUACUUUUUUUUUAUUCUCUUUUCUGUUGACUUAAAAAAUCAAAUUCAGUACAAUAACGUGCAAACCCUUCUCGAGACAAGAUGGCGCCGCAUCAUCCCAUCCCUUAUUCGUAAAGUCUUAAGCGUCAAGUUUCUACGUUUACGAGAAUUUUGUUAAAUUAAUUAUUAUUAACAAGUUAUUUUACUGCAUGCGUUUCUCUCAAUAACACAUAUGUAUAUCGAGGCAGAAUAUCCGUAUUCUGCCGUAUUAUCUCGACGUCUGUCGUUCCACAACUGAGCGUUUUUAAGCCAGUUUUUGCCGCGCACCACCGCUUUGUGGAACCACUUGCCCACUGAAACAUUUCCGAACCAAUUCGACUUAGGGUCCUUCAAGACUCGAGCGUAUCCAUUCCUAAAAGGCCGGCAAUGCACUCGGGCAAGUCCUCUGGUAUUGGGAGUGUCCAAAAAGGCUAUUUUGGAGAAGGUAAAAAAAAUUACAAGUUGUAGUAAUAAGUCCUUCGGGUCCUUAAGUUAUUAAACUUAAAUUGUAGACAGCAUCAAGCAAAAAUUUGUAGCUUUGGAAGUUCCUCAUAUUAUGUUUCCUAAAAUGUUUCUAUGUAAUACAAAAAGGGCAGAACAUUUUCAUAAACAAUAGACGUAAAACAAAAUAUGUUAGAAAAAGAAUUAUUUCAAUUUCAAGGAAUGCCCGUGUGGUCUGGUGACGUCUUUUUGAAUUUACAAACUGUUAUCAAAUAAUAUAAAUCGGUAAGUUACAUUGAUAAAGUUAUUAAUAGAUAAUAUGAUUAUUUCUCUUUUGAUUAGAUUGCUCAAAUACACUUCAAAAAUCUAUUAAAUGGUUGUGAAAAUCAUUUUCAUUUAAGGCAAUAUUCCUUUUCGUUAUUUUAAAAGGACAAUAAUAUUUUCAUUUGUUAUAUGAAAAAAUAUUUCUGAUUUCCAAAAUAUCAUUUGAACCCAUGUAUUUAAGGAUUUCAACGCUACAUUAUUUAUUAAUGCACAAUGUGUGUGAUUGUUAAUUGUAAGUGGCUGUGGUGCCAUAAAAAAAAUAAAAAAUUGACAAAUAAUACAUUAAAAAAAGGAUUUAAUAUAAGGUAGCGUAUGCCACCCUUGUUAGUGUGGUACGGUUUCCGAGUCAUCUCUGUUUUUUAGUAAUACUCAUUUACCAAAAAAUACCUCACUAUUUUUGCUUUAAUAAAUCAAUUUGUUUAGCCCUGUGUACAUAUUGUGGCCCGAUGGUAGAAUAGGUCAAUCGUUACAUAUACCGGCAAACAUCUUGAACAAACCUCCGCAGAAGCCAUUUUUAGGUAUCACUGGAAGUAAAGUGACGUUUGGUAAAUUAGUUGACGUUUGUGUUCUGCGCUCCGAGACGAUGCCCCACUCCCUUGUUUAAUGCUCAAGAAGUUUGCCGGUAUCUGUAAAUGAAAUGGCCUGACACAUGCGAUGACACUUCACACACUUCUAUGAUACGGGCUACCAUAUACAUAUGAUAGAGCGUCUAAAAGGUCGACUAUUUUUAAGAGUUUGACCGAAAUUUUUGACAUAUGCGAGCGAUGAGUUCGACGCUGUCAGUUUUGUAGUACAUUGUCAAACUCAUACAUAGUUUCCAAACAGGGUUAAAUAUGUAUUAUUUACUAUUUCUAAAGAAUGUUCAAUACGAACCGUACAGACACUGGCAAGAUUAAUAAUAAUUAAUUAUUGUCUUCAUUAGCUUAUUUUGCUGUGGCUUAUAAAUGCCACGGCGUUGUCACUUAAUUCAUAAGGUUAUUUGUAUAUUCAUUAUGUCAGCCUUCUCAACUUAAAUUGCGAACAUUUCUGUCAUUGUGACGUAACGUACUCUACGUAUGUUCAUUUCAUUCACCAAUCAGAGGCAGGUACGUCACUAGAUAGUGACGUGAUAGUGAUGUGAUAGUGUAGAGAUUUUUUUUUCUUAGGGCUGGCAUAAUCGUAUAAUGUAACUCUAGUGUUUAUAAGUAGCCGUGUUAUAUUAUGCUUUAGUAAUACAAAAACUUUAUGACGAAAUGACGCCCUCAAUUUAAUAGUUUCAAUUUUUUUACAGCCAAUGACUUGUAAAUUUUUAUAUGAAGUCAUGAUUUAUCUUAUGGUCAGUAUGUAUUUAUAGGAAAUGGCCCAAAGUUAGGGAUUACAACGUUACUUAUUCUAGUACUUGAUGCAAAUUUCAUACUAAGUUCGGUAUUUUGGUUAAUGCAUGCACCUAUCUCUAUUUGAAAGUUAAUAUAAAGAAACCAAUAAGAUAAUUCUACAAUAUACCACAGAUGUCUUAUCAAUAAACAAUAUUGUUUGAAAAAUAUAAAUAAAUUAGGUACAGUCACCAAAAA